UCGGGGACGCGGCGCUCGGACCUGGCGAGCUCGGGCGGGCGUCCGGCGGCGGCGGCGGCGACGGACCGCGGGGGGCGCCGAGGGCCGCCCCGCCGAGAGCCUGAGGCGAUGGAUGAGCUGAGCGUGGAGAGCAUUGCGGAAGUUUUCAGAUGUUUCAUUUGUAUGGAGAAGUUGCGGGAUGCACGCCUAUGCCCACAUUGCUCCAAGCUUUGUUGUUUCAGCUGUAUCAGGCGUUGGUUGACAGAGCAGAGAGCUCAAUGUCCUCAUUGCCGAGCUCCACUCCAGCUACGGGAACUAGUAAACUGUCGUUGGGCAGAAGAAGUUACACAGCAACUUGACACCCUUCAACUUUGCAGUCUUACCAAACAUGAAGAAAAUGAAAAGGACAAAUGUGAAAAUCACCACGAAAAACUUAGUGUGUUUUGCUGGACUUGUAAGAAGUGUAUCUGCCAUCAGUGUGCACUUUGGGGAGGAAUGCAUGGCGGACACACCUUUAAACCUUUGGCAGAAAUCUAUGAGCAGCAUGUUACUAAAGUGAAUGAAGAAGUAGCUAAGCUUCGUCGCCGUCUUAUGGAGCUGAUCAGCUUAGUUCAAGAAGUGGAAAGAAAUGUAGAAGCUGUACGAAAUGCAAAAGAUGAGCGUGUUCGAGAAAUUAGGAAUGCUGUAGAAAUGAUGAUUGCUCGGUUAGAUACACAGCUGAAGAAUAAGCUCAUAACACUGAUGGGUCAGAAGACAUCUUUAACACAGGAAACUGAGCUCUUGGAAUCUUUACUUCAGGAGGUAGAACACCAGUUGCGGUCUUGUAGUAAGAGUGAGUUGAUAUCUAAGAGCUCAGAGAUCCUCAUGAUGUUUCAGCAAGUUCAUCGAAAACCCAUGGCAUCAUUUGUUACCACUCCUGUUCCACCAGACUUUACAAGUGAAUUAGUACCAUCUUAUGAUUCAGCUACUUUUGUUUUAGAGAAUUUCAGCACUCUGCGCCAGAGAGCAGAUCCUGUUUAUAGCCCACCUCUUCAAGUUUCAGGACUUUGUUGGAGGUUAAAAGUUUACCCAGAUGGAAAUGGAGUUGUUCGUGGUUACUAUUUAUCUGUAUUUCUGGAACUCUCAGCUGGCUUGCCUGAAACUUCUAAAUAUGAAUAUCGUGUAGAGAUGGUCCACCAGUCCUGCAAUGAUCCUACCAAAAAUAUCAUUCGAGAAUUUGCAUCUGACUUUGAAGUUGGAGAAUGCUGGGGUUAUAAUAGGUUUUUUCGUUUGGACUUACUUGCAAAUGAAGGAUACUUGAAUCGACAGAAUGACACAGUGAUUUUAAGGUUUCAGGUACGUUCACCGACCUUUUUUCAAAAAUGCCGGGACCAGCACUGGUAUAUCAGUCAAUUAGAAGCAGCACAGACUAGUUAUAUUCAACAAAUAAACAACCUAAAAGAGAGACUUACUAUAGAGUUGUCUCGAACACAGAAAUCAAGAGAUUUAUCACCACCAGACAAUCAUCUCAGCCCUCAAAAUGAUGAGAUGCCUGAGACUCGAACAAAGAAAUCUGGGUCGUGCACAGACAUGCUUCUGCAGGAUGGUUCCACUACAGCUUCUGUAAGAGAAGCCAAAGAGGAUGAAGAAGAUGAGGAGAAAAUUCAUAAUGAAGAUUAUCAUCAUGAACUCUCAGAUGGAGAUCUGGAUCUAGAUCUGGUUGGUGAAGAUGAAGUAAAUCACCUUGAUGGCAGCAGCUCUUCUGCCAGCUCCACAGCAACAAGUAACACAGAAGAAAAUGACAUUGAUGAGGAAACUAUGUCUGGAGAAAAUGAUGUGGAAUAUAACAACAUGGAAUUGGAAGAGGGAGAACUUAUGGAAGAUGCUGCUGCUGCAGGACCUCCAGGUAGUAACCAUGGCUAUGUGGGUGCUGGUAGCAGAAUGUCAAGAAGAGCACAUUUAUGUUCAACUGCUACCAGUAGUUUAUUAGACAUUGAUCCUUUAAUUUUAAUGCACUUAUUGGACCUUAAGGAUUGGAGUGGUAUGGAGAAUUUGUGGGGUUUACCACCUCGCCCACCUACUUCACUUUUGCAACCUCCAGCAUCUUAUUCACGUAAAGAUAAAGAUCAAAGGAAACAACAGGCAAUGUGGCGAGUUCCUUCUGAUUUAAAGAUGCUGAAAAGACUCAAAACUCAAAUGGCUGAAGUUCGAUGUAUGAAAACUGAUGUAAGGAAUACACUUUCAGAGAUAAAAAGCACCAGUGCUGCUGCUGGAGACAUGCAGGGUAGCCUGUUUUCUGCUGACCAGCCAUCUCUGGCUGCUUGUGGAACUGAAAACUCCACCAGAGUUCAGGAUAUAGGAUUGCAACUCUUGACAAAAUCACCAGUCACCAGUUGUUACAUAAGAAACUCCACAAAGAAGAGUAAUUCACCCAAACCAAUUCGGUCCAGUCUAGCCGGUAGUCUGUCACUUCGAAGAACAGUAGACUCUGGGGAAAACAGCCGCUUGAAAGGAGACUGUCAAACUCUGUCUGAAGGCUCUCCAGGAGUUUCUGAAACAGGGAGCAGGCACAGUUCUCCCCGAACCUUGGCACACGGCAGUAUCAGUGACAUUCUGCCUAAAUCUGAAGAUCGGCAGAGUGAGGCUUUGGAUUCAGAUACUGUUGUGGUCGCAGUUUUCAAUGGCCUGCCUACUGUUGAGAAAAGGAGGAAAAUGAUCGCCUUGGGGACUAAUGGUAAAGGAGGUCAUCUGGAAGGACUGCAAAUGACUGAUUUGGAAAAUAAUUCUGAAACUGGAGAAUUGCAGCCUGUACUACCUGAAGGAGCUGCAGCUGCCCCUGAGGAAGGAAUGAGCAGCGAUAGUGAUAUUGAAUGUGACACUGAAAAUGAAGAGCAGGAAGAGCACACCACCAGCAUGAGCGGGUUUAAGGACACUUUCAUGGCACAGCCACCAGAUGAAGAUACACAUUCCAGUUUUUCUGGUGGUGAACAAAUAGGCCCUGAAGAUCUCAGCUUCACUACUGAUGAAAACAGUGGAAGGUAAUUUUGAGAUCACAAGAACUGACUUGCUAACUACCUGGACCCUGAAAUUUGUUGGCCCAAAUCUGUCAACAAAUAGUCAGAUUUGGCCUAAUCUUUU